AUCCAAUGCACUUUUACCCUCGUAUCCUAGUCAGAUCUCAUAAGGAGCGUUUUCUACAGAUAUACCCGUGGUCGAUAUGUCGACCUCCCACUGGAGUAUCGCGUCUCCACAGUUCAUGCACCGUCCAGCCAAACACUCCCUUUGUAGCCGCUGAGGACGUUCGACGAGCUCGCAAGCCAUACAAUUUUGGGCGCUAUAAUAAGCGCCGUGUAGCUUUCCGAGUGGCUUACAUUGGAUGGGACUACCAUGGGUUUGCUCGCCAAAAGUUAACCACACGCACCGUCGAAGAGCGAAUCUUUGAUGCAUUACUCGAAACCAAACUCAUCGAUAGCACAAGAAAUUGUCAUUGGAGUAGAUCUGCGCGCACCGAUACAGGAGUGAGCAGUGUGGGUUCUGUUGUAGCGCUAGAUGUCCGCUCCCGACUUCCAGUUUCUCGAGGUAAUGUGCCUUGGCAGACAUCAAGACAUGAUGCGAUCAAUGCAGAUGUGGAGCCCAUUAAUGAUCAAUCAUCGCAUCUGGUAGCGGGAGAGCUACCGUAUGUAAUCAUGCUCAACAAGGUGCUUCCAUCAGAUAUCCGCAUCCUGGCAUGGGCACCAGUACCUCCUACAUUUGACGCCAGAUACGACUGCCUUCAUCGCACAUAUAAAUACCUGUUCGAUCCGUCGGGACUUGACACUACUAAAAUGCAGCGAGCAGCCUCGCAAUUUGUCGGCGUCCAUGAUUUUCGCAAUUUCUGCAAGUUUGCAAAGGGUAAGCCACUGGCGGCCUAUCGACGAGCUAUUGACCUGGUAUCGGUCAAUCGGCUAACGGAUAUAGAAGACCGCGCUUUCGAGAGCAACAUCCUAGCAGGUCGGCUGUAUUGCGUCACUAUAAGGGCGCGUGCUUUUCUCUGGCAUCAAAUUCGCUGUAUGAUGACCAUACUCUUCCUUAUUGGACGUGGGUUGGAGGACGAAUCCAUUGUGGGUAAAUUGUUAAAUGUGGAACCCUCUGUAGGAAAACCAAUGUACGGAUUGGCAGAUGAGACAUCGCUUAUAUUAGCGGACUGUGCAUACAGUGACAUUGCAUGGUAUGAUGCCUCCGCAUCUUCAUUGGGGCCAGCUGGGAGUCUCGACAAUAUGUCACAAAGAAAAUCUGCUGAUGCAUGGCUUCUCUCGCAGCUGAGACUGGAGGAACGAAAAGCGGCCUUAAAGGGAUUUAUGAUAAGAAGCAUGCUAGAAACAGUCGGCCAUAGUAUAGAUACGAGCCUAAUAGGCAGGGAUGAUUAUUUAAGAGAUGAUAGAAGGUUCGGGGGAGGCAUCAGCGCGUACACUAAAAUCAUGGAAAGAAAGCGGCUAGAGCCUAUCGAAAGUCGAAUGGCUAUCAGAUAAACUAUUCGUCAAUAUAAAUAAAAGACAUUACACG